UUAUAGACACCGGAAUGGAGGAAGGAGGGAAUGCAGAGAGAACAUUAGUUUUCAAUUCGGAAAGCAGCACGUGGACUACUGCAUUCUUCAGUUUACUUCUCUUUUUUAAAUGAGAAAUCAUUUAAAUAAUGAUGCUAUAAAAAAUAAAUUCAUGCAUCUUGGGGUUUUUGUGCUGGUUUUUCUUUUUUCUUUUUUUUUUUUUUUUGCUGUUGUUGUCUGGGGAAGAUGAGUUCCUGUUAAAAAGAGCUUAAAAAAUGUUUGGAUGCUCUUUUAUUCUAUGUGAGGUCUGAAAAUAGAAGCUGCCAAAGAAUUGCUUGUAGACUCGCGGUUCUGCUUGGAGGGUUUAGCUUAUGUCUAAGGCCAUGUCUUCUGACAUUGCAACAGCUGAGCUUUGCAGAAGCACCAAGGCUGGGCUUACCAAGUGGAAGCAAGGAGGAGAGCAAAUCUCUUUAUCAGCCCUCUUGCUUCUCUCAUCUCCAUUGCUGGGCAGAAGACCUUAACCUGAGUGCCAAGGCACAGUGUAAAAAAAAAAGUGUGUGAAAAUGAGAUGUAAGUGCUGGGAGCAUAGGAAGGAUGGUGGGGAGAGGGUUGAGGUUUUAUUUAUUGGCAGCACUGCCACACACGCUGGUAGCGUUGAGGGGGGUGGAUAGCAUGUAAAUGCAGCCUUACAUAGUUUUUUAGUUAUUUCUAUAACUAAAAGACUUGGCCAAUGUAUUUGGGUUUUAUGGUAUUGCCAUAGUGUAGUGGCAAAGUAUUAUCAUCGUCAUGACCACAGCUUGCCAUCAUACUUUAAAAGCUUGGUGCAAACUGGGAGAACAGAAGGAAAUGUGUGUAAUCUGUGUUAUAUGUGUAAGCCACAUUAUAAGCUACUCAGUGAUAAUGUAUAGAUAAUGUAAUCUGUGUUAUAGGCUACUUGAUGAUAAAAGUGGCCACCUCGGAAAAGGUGUGAAGUUGUCUGCACUUUGGAGUCUCCGAGUCGUUGUGUCCGGGUGCUGGAGGGGUGACAGCGGGGAAAGUGUGUGGAGACAGCCCAGAAGUGUGGGGAGAAGUCCAUUCAGAAAUGCCUGUGAGGGGGAUCAGAGGAGAGGUGGUGUUAUUAUAGUGGCUGCUCAUGAGAAAAGUGAGCUGUGCUUCCUCUCCUGGGUAUUGGCACAUGCUUCCCCCUCCCAGCACUUGAUGGCUUCAAACAGAAACGUCGCGCUUUGGGGUAAUGUCUCAAUUUCACGCUUGUGAAACCAGUGCAUUGCUUCUCUGGAUUGCUUAAGUGAGCGUGGGGGAAGAGAGAGCCCGUGUGCGGAUUGCCCCCCACAUUGUCUUUUCUCCCAGCCACUCGCGGUGAGCUCCCACGUGCCAGAGGAGUGGAGGGGAGAGCCGCCACACUGAGCUGGGGCAGCACGAGUGAGGCCAAAGGGCAUUGGACCGGUGGGCUGCAGUGGCUGGGGGUCCUUGCCACCCUGCAGCGGAAACAGCCAGCUCCUGCCAGGUAGAUGCCUGCAGGGGAGAGGACAACUCCAGCUGAACUGAUGCAUCUCGGCACCUGAUACUGAGCUCAGCUUCUGACAUGAAGAAAGAUAUAGAGUCUUUAAUAGCCCAGGAAAAAGCAGAGAUCGUUGCCAAGUAUGAGAAGGGCAGGCAGGACGGAGCUCAGAUUGACCAGUGGGAAGAUGCCGAUUUCACGCUGUAUAAAGUUACAGACCGGUUUGGAUUCCUGCACGAGCAGGAGCUGCCGACCCGCACAGCCUUGGAGGAAAAGCAAAAACAGCAGGAAAUUGAACGCGUGGACAAGUGGCUAAAGAUGCUGAAGAAAUGGGGCAAAUACAGAAGCAGUGACAAGAUGUGUCGGCGAGUGUACAAAGGGAUCCCGCUUCAGGUGCGAGGCCAGGUCUGGUCGCUUCUGCUGGACGUUGAGAAGAUGAAGAAGGAGAAUGAAGGAAAAUAUGAGCAAAUGAAAGAACAAGCAAAGAGCUUUUCAUCGGAAAUCAAGCAGAUAGAUUUGGAUGUUAAUCGCACCUUCCGAAACCACAUCAUGUUUCGGGAUCGCUAUGGAGUGAAGCAACAGGCACUCUUCCAUGUCCUGUCAGCAUACUCUGUUUAUAACACCGAAGUGAGCUACUGCCAAGGGAUGAGCCAGAUCGCAGCCAUCCUCCUGAUGUACUUAAACGAAGAGGAUGCAUUUUGGGCACUGGCACAGCUGCUGACCAACCAGCGGCACGCCAUGCACGGUUUUUUCAUUCCUGGAUUCCCGAAGCUGCAGAGAUUUCAAGCUCACCACGAGCAGAUUUUAAGCAAACUGUUUCCGAAACUGAAGAAGCACAUGGACAAGGAGCAGAUGACUACGGGGAUUUACACGACCAAGUGGUUCCUGCAGUGUUUCAUUGACCGGACCCCCUUCACCCUCACCUUGCGGCUGUGGGAUAUCUACAUCCUGGAAGGAGAGCGGGUGCUGACAGCCAUGGCUUACACCAUCCUCAAACUGCACAAAAAGCGCUUGCUGAAGAUGACGCUGGAAGAUUUACGGGAAUUUCUACAGGAGAAAAUUGCUGCUUCACUGCAGUAUGAGGAUGAUGCCGUCAUUGAGCAACUGCAGGUGUCGAUGACCGAGCUGCGCAAGAUGAAAUUUGACCUCCCCCCACCAGCAAAGCCUGAGGAGUUCCCACGGAAACCCCUGGGUCUGGAGCUCUCCCUCAACCCGGUAGCCAGGAAGGGCAAUGUGGCAGCCAAUGGCCAGAAUGGCUGUGUGGGUGAGCACCCCCUGGAUAAGGAGCUCCAUCCCCACAGAAGUCUGGGGGAGCCGGGAGGUAUGACAGCAAUGGAGGCGAGGACUCCCAUCCUCCAGGACAGUGAAACAGCUGAAGCAACGGACAUCCACCUGCAUCCUCCUGGCAAGCAGCCACUGGGAGGGGAGAGUCGGGUAGACCCCACUGGGGACGGGCAGCUGCCACCUCUUCUGAAAGCAAGCGAGACACAGGCCCAUCAUCACCUCCUGCCCACAGCCCUGCCUCCAGAGCAGCCUCUUCUCGCUCCUGGCCGUGCCAUGGUGGACCAUGAGUCAGUCUGCCUUCCUGCCCCAGCCGAGCACGGCUCCUUGGACUCAUCUCUCCAAAACACGCCGAGUCCUCCCAACUCGAGCACCGCUGAGCUUUCCACUAUGGACCACACGGUAUGGCAGCCAAAUCCUUCUGCCCUGCUGGCAGGAGAACAAGCAUCUUCCCUCUGCAAAGAGAAAGCACUCAAUGCACCCCCUCAUCCUCUGCUGGGUGGCUGGCAGCGGCUCUCCAGCGCAUCGCAGCAUGACAACUCCCCAAAGAGCGAGCACGAGGAGGAGAUGGCUGAGAAGCACUGCAGAGCAGCGCUGCCGGACAAAAUGGACUUGAAGCAUUUGGCAUCCAAAGCUGCAUCCACAGGGGAGCUCGCCAGCCUGCAGGAGAACGGGCCAGGGAGCACCACCGGCACCAUGCACUGGCUGGGGGGUUUGGGCGCGCUGCCCACGCACGGGCUGGCAGGCGGCAGCGUGCCCAUCUUGUCUGGCGGUGAGUCAGAGGCAGCGGGGCCGGGCAAGGGCUGCCCCUUCCAGCAGGCACCAUCCCGUGCAGUGGAGGGGAACAGCCCCUACAUCGUUGUCAAAACCACCACUCCCCUCCACCUGGCCCACGUGACAGAGCAGGACUUCUCGAACAGAAAGCAGGUGGCAUUGCCUCUGCUGGAGACUGGACAUCCCCUGCCUGCUGCCUCCAUGCCACCACCUCUUGAGCUGGACCCAGAGGAGGUAGAUGCACAAAAAAGCCUCCAGAAACCAUUAAACGCACUGAAAGCCCCACGACCCUCUCUGAGCCCCAAACCAAAAUUACCGCUGCAGGUUGCCAAAUCCCGCUCGGAGAACAGUUUCCUUUCAGGUUCUCCUCCCCUGGCAAAGCUGCCCAAAUCGAUAACGUUUUAGUGGGGAUGGGGGGAGGUGAGGGAGAGGAAGCAGGUGCUGGAGCAGCACCCUCACCCUGUUUUUGGGACCCCCCUUCAGCAGGGCUGUGACAGGGUGACAGCACAGCAGCCAUUGCCUGUCAAGCUGUGCUUUGGUACGAGUGCCCGGUGAGGAGAUGGAGCAGUGGCCCCCAGUGCUAGGAGCCACCAUCAAAAUGGGUUUGCAUCUUUCCUAUGGACAAAUUGGAAAGCGCUUUCAUUUUUUGUUCCUCGAAGGUCCCCGAGCCUCAUCGCCUGUGGGGAGCGAGGCAGGGCUGGUGAAUGUGUCACGUAUUUUCUUCUGCUCCUGCCUGCCGUGGAUCCCCAUGGCUAUGGAAGUGGGCACAAGGCAUAGGAGUCCAAAAUGCUUUCUUUAAAAUGCCCAUUCAGUGCAGCCAACAGCGUUACUUUCAAAGGCCUUUGUAGCAAUAGAUCUUUAUUUCUUUUCCAAGACCUGCAGUUGGAGGCAGCAGCAUUUUCAGGCAGGGCCAUGGAGCCCUGGCAGGGUGCUGGAGCCCACUGCCUACUCUAUGCAAUUCUGCAGAGCUGUACCUGGCUGUACCCGGCUCCUGCCGCGGUAGUGGAUAGCAUCCCAGAGCGGAGGUUCAACAGCUGGUGAGUCCUGGGGGGAGUGUCCUUGGUGUGACCCUGGUGGAGGACCGCCAGCAAGGUGGUUCUUUCUCAAGUUGUCAAGGUGACAAGGACAGCGAUGAAGGCUGAGGCUAGUCUCUUGGGCUGAGUGGCCUUUCUGCUGGCCUUUCCCUCACAGGUCCAGGGUAGCGAGCGGGCUUGCUGCCUUUCCAUUGGCUGAACAGGAAAAGGGCUGCUGCCUUGGGAAACCUCCUGCCUUCACUAGCAAGCUGCUGGAGGUGUGGUGGUGUCUAAUCACGGUGCCCAAGCUGAAACCCGCUUUCAGCAAGUUAAGUGUCAGGGUGGAAACAGCAUAGGAGCUGGGGAAGGGAAGCACAUUAGCCCACCCAGAAAUCAACAACCAAGGAAGGAGGUUUGGAAGGUGAUGCUGUAGAGCAUCAAUGUCACCACAGCCCACUGCUGAGGAGGUAACACAAUGGGUGCCCACGUGCCCUUCAUGCACCAAGUCCUGGUGGCUGGUCCAUCUCCUCCCCAUCCCAGGGUGUCGCUGCUGCACAGUCCAAACUGUUGGCUGGAGGUGUGCAGGGACCCGGGCACAGCUCACCCCACUGAAAGAUGUGGUCCAUACUCCUGUUUCCCGUAUCUACUUCACCCCUACAUGUGAAGGGACUUCAUCAGGAAGAUCAAUGGAAGCAGCAGGAAAUAAACUAGUCCAGAUGGCUGUAUUUGCUGUCUAGAAAGGGUGGCUGCAGAUGCUACCUUAGGUGAGACUGCAGGUGGGAUUCCCAUCCUUUCAAUGGAGACCCUGGGCAAAAGCUCCUUUAAGUUCUAAGGAGACUGUGAAAACUGUGUUUUAUCUCACAGGCUGCUUCAGUAACAUAACCUGAUCUGAAGCUUACCUGGAAGCCCAGCAGAAAACUGCCACUAUAUUAUACUUUGUGGGUGGGGUUUAUCAGGGUUGUUUUGUUUUGUUUUGUUUUUUCCUCUCUGCAUGUGGUGGUUUAUGUUAGCAGCAAGGAGAGCAUCAAAGCCAGCACUCCGUCUUUGUUUGGAUGUAGCCAGCCAGACCACAGCACCCUCAGCUUCUGUUGCAACCCCUGCUCUGUCUGAGACCCCACCUGUCAUCUGCUGAGUCUCCAACCCUGCCCAUCCUCUCUCCCUCUGCAAAGCAGGGACAACCCUAUUAGCUACCUCGCAGGGGUGCUGUAGGAGUCGAGAGUUGCUCUUUGAGAAGUGCUGUAUUAAUGUUCAGUAUUUGUGUUUUGAGACACCACAAGUCCUUUCUAGGACAAUGGUGCUUGAAUUGGUUUUAAGUUAGAGUACAUUUUUCUGUAACUGCAGUAGUUAAACCUAUUUGUGUGUUAAAAUACCUGGGCAGUAUUUCAGGACAGGUAUCAACUGUCUUUCACUAGCAGCCCACUGGCCUCAAGCUUGCUGGGAAGCAAUGAGAAGCAUCUGAAGGCUGGUGGUCACCUCGGCUUGGUUUCUGUAGCUUGAGGGGGAUGGGGUCUGUCCUCUCCUUGAAGCACACAUAGGACUCCUGCCAACAUAGCUGAGCAUUCGGCUCGUGCGCGCAAGAACUGAAACCUCUUUCCCCUCAUUUUGACCUCCCCCCCGCCCUUGCAGGCACACAGUCUUUGCAGAUUGUGUUGCCUGUGCACUCGGGCUCCUCACCCAGCGUGUGUCUGGGAUGUUUUGCAGUAUUCACAUAUAAAAAGGUGGUUUGCUCUAAUUUUGGAGAGCUGUCAAAUACACAGUACCCAUUACAUGGCAUUUGGUGCGUGGUGUUCAACAAGAAUUGGGGGGGGGGGGGUGUUCCUCCUCUCCAAACCCUAACAGGAACACACAACAAGGUCCUUGGUCACCUCCAAGCCUGGGGGAAGCCACCAGCUGGUUUCAGUGAUCUUGGGACCAGACUGACACAGGCUCCCUGUUCCCACCAGUGUGCUUCUUGCUGGGAAGGGCUCUGAGCUCCUCACUGUGCCACCUAAGCAGCUCUUCUCCAACCUGCAGCCCCAGAAAACUGGCAGAUUUGGGACGAUUUCCUGGGGGCAAAGUAGCCUGAGCUGGCUGGGAGCCAGCGAGACGCAUUGGUUUCCUUAGAGUGGUGCUCUUACUUCAGCACAUCAAAGCAUAAUCUAGGAGAUGACCUCCCUCCCCUUCUCUGCCUCUUACUGCAGAUGAAGGUGUGGCCAUGGUGGGUCUGUGGCAGCAGGGGUGGGCAGGUCAUGGCCCAGCCUCAGCUCUUUUGCUGGGGAUAGGAAGGGAAGGAGAAUGGCGAGGGUGGCAGCUCAGCUUGACAAAUAACUGGCUCAAGCCACUCGCACCCCUGCCCCAGCUUCCUGCAACGGCCCCAGCCCCUUGGCAAAAGCCACUCUUGCCACAAGCAAACUCAGGAAAGCAGCUCCCCACCCCACCCCUCCGCCAUCUUUGCCCUCACAGCCCCGGGAUGGUUCUUGCCCUCCAUGUAGUUUUAAAGAUCAACGUUGCGGAUUUGUUUUUUUGGGAUUGGUUUGUUUGUAAUUGAGCACUUUGAGUGGCUGCGGCACUGGUGGGCAGCAGAAGCCAUGGGGACCGGCUCCAGUGUGGGAUGGCAGUUGAGGUCAGGGUCUCUCAGCUGUGCGCUUUGAGAGCCCAGCUACCAUCUCCUUUUCUUUUUAAUUGCUAUUGUUUACAGCGUGGAACGCUUCCUCUGUGACUCUUUCUAAUGUAUUAUAAUUAUUACUUUUAAAAAAAAAACAUUUUUAUGUCUGUGCUUUUUUUGUUGUUUGUUUUCUUUGUAAAGAAGGUUUUUGGGAAAAAAGUCUACCAUUCUUUUUUACGCUAAUCCAAAAAGACUGUCCUGAGUAUUCGAUGCUGUGUUUUACAUGGUUGUAAUGAUAACAGUUCAAAAAGUUUAGCAUAAAAUCAGACUCCAUGAUGUUUCUUACAGCAACAGAUGCUGCAACAAGACUGGUUGUCUUCUCGUGCUGGCUUUUAGCUUGGUUCACCAGGUGUGCCUCAGCUGUGGUGGGUCCAACCCACUCCAUCUCUGCCUUCCUCCCUGCUUUUCUACUGUGGUUAAAUCCAAGCAUCCCCUGCAGCAGUGGAAAGAAAACUGUUCCUUUCUACGUACUGCCAUCCUUUCCUGGCUCACUGAGCCAAGGGCAGCAUCCUGUCCCCAGCCCCUGCACAUCCCUUCUGACACGUGGCCAGUGGCCAGCAGCCCUGCUGCAGCUUUCUGUUUUGGCUGAGAUUUCAGAUUUAGAGUUUGUUUUCCUGCCCGCGGGCAGCAUUGGAAGGGUUGGACCGGAUGGGGAGCGGGUGGACACAGCUCCUUGCAUGGUGGGUGGGUGCGACUCACCAUGACAGUACAUGAGUCAGGACUGAGUCAUGCUUACACCAGUUGCUGGGAGUGUAAGGUGGUGCCACUCACAGCUGAACAUGUAUUUUAAAAAGCUGUGUGUGAACAGUGCCUCUGACACCCCCCCGAAUGUCAUGGCCAGUGCCUCCUGUGAUUAGAUGACACGGUACUGUUGGCUUUGGGGUGUUAAAUUUGGGCAGUAUUCUGGUUCCCCCCAAAAGAAAGCUGCCAUUUGGUACUUAAGGAACAUGGUUAUGGAAAACGCAGGGUCAUCUGUCUCUACCAGAGCAGCACAGAGGGCACAAAGACUAAGGGGCCAGGAUUAGCUAAAUGCCACCCUAGGAUUUAAGGGCAGUGCAUUAAAUGUGGCAUCCCUUUGCAUCACCUGGUGGGUGCUGUAGGCCAGUAUUGCUGCUUCUAGCAGUGCUCUGCCUCACCUAAAAGAAGUCAAAUAGCAACAAAAAAUCUCCUACCUUGUUCUCCAGUGUUCUUAAGUUAGCUCAUUUAUAUUAACUGUCUAAAACCUGGUCUGCAAACCUGCAAAAAAAGAGAAAAAGCCAGCACCAAUAAGCACCACAGUGGAGCAGCAGUGUAGUGAGGAUGCAGCUCUCAGCACAUCUCCCAUAUCAUUUCAUGCUGGAUGCCAGCCCAGGAAUGCUGCACCAUGAGCACAGGUGGGACAUCCAUGGGCUGGAGUAAAGCAAACCUUAUCCCUCCUGUGUUUCCAGGUGCCCACAAGCAGCCCAGUUGCACAAGCUGCUUUGUGUCACCUGCCAACCAACAGCCCUGGUGAACCUGUUGGCUUUCAGGCGGCACGGAGGAAGCAGAUGGUUGGGACCAGGUUUGAACGGCUGCAGCAGUUACCUACAUGGCGGGCACCACAGGGUUUAGGGUAUGUCAUUUAUCCAACUGCUGGGACAGCUUCAGGUCUGUGCUGCUGGGGAGGGAGCAGAAGCAUCCAGAAGGGCAGGGUUUCCCCCAGGGAAGGUGAGUUGUGCUGGGUUUGAGGGAUGUGGCAGACUGAGUCCUGUUCCUCUCUGAAACAUCCUCGGUUCACUUGUCAUUGAAAAAAAAUGGAGUAAGAUGUUGCUUACCUAGCAUCCUUGGUCCCUGCACCUCAUGCAUGUGCCUGGUCAUGACCUCCUUGCCAUGGCCAGGUACUCUCACCCUGCCCCUGCAGGGACUAGGGACAGGCAGGGCUCCACCACAUCCCCUGACGGCAUCGCUCUGGCUAAGGCAGGAGCCACAGUGGUACACAGCCUUGAAUGGGUGCUGAAUGGGAGUCCUAGGUAGGGUUUUGGGGCUCAGCUCAUGGAGGUCCUGCCUCUGCCCCAGUCGAGCAGCACCCCCUACCCCUUCCUAUGCCCCCAGGACCUGGGUGCUGCUCCCAGGCAACCAGAGCAGGACAGCUCUGUAGUCCCAAGCCCAAGCUUACCAAUACCUAUUUGCACUGGGACCAGUGGUGAAUGAACUCUGUGGAAGUUAUCAAGGCUUCUGCUUAAAUCCUAAUGGCCUUGUCAGCCAGGGACCAGUCCUCCUGCUGCCCCUCCCUCCACACUUGGCAUUUGCGAGUAUUCCCAUUAAAUCCCCCUUUUCCCUGGUGGAGUCACUGCUCUUGUCAUGGCUUUUCUGAAACCACCAGCUCUCUGGCUCCCAGGGCUGGUCCCUGCCCAGAAACCACUCCAAUGCAGAUCCACAAGCCCCACAAGCUGUGCUCAGCUCUGGUGCCCUGGCAGCCCGCUAUGGUUCCUCUGCUUCCUAGCUCAUGACCAGCCAAACCAGCAGUGCCAGGAGCUGGGAUCAGCAGCAGCCAUGUCUGGCCCUGUCACUCGCUGGCCCUCUGCAGAGCCAUAGCCAUGCUCCUCAUCCUCCCUCCCCGCCACCCACAACCACUAAAGAGCUUGGCAACACUGCUGAGUGCCUUCACAAUACAUCAGCAAAUCAGCACUGAAUAAUUGAUGCUAAUUGGAGCCUGGAGCAGAACCAAGCCAAGGGAGGGAGCAAGGCUUUGGGCUGUUUUGGACUCUGGCCCUGGGAUGCAGCGGGGGGGGGGGGGAAGAGAUAUGGAUGUGCUGUGUCUGGGGGCUUUGCACCCCGGCCUGUUUGGCAGAGGCAGUGCCAGAGUUUGGCUGGGUCUGGGAGUCUUCCUUCUCUUUGGCUUGCCGUGCUGCUCACGUGCUGCUGUGGUAGUUGUGUGCUGCCGUGAUGCUCGUGUGCUGCUCACAUGCUGCUGUGUUGCUUGCAUGCGCUGCUGUGCUAGAUGUGCAUGUGCUGCAAAGGGGCUGUGGCAGCAGUGGCUGGGAGGCGAGGAGCAGAGUGAGGGCAUGCAGAGCACAGGGUGUGCUGCCCCCAGCCCCAGCAGCCUUGGCUGGGGCUGGUACCUUGGCUCUGCUAAACCACACACCCUGUACUCAAUCACAGAGAGAGUAAGGCUCACCUGUCCUAAGCGGAACCAGCCCCACCUGCCUGUCCCAGUUCCCACCAGUUGCUGGUGGCCAGGAUGUUUGCUGUCACACCAUCCUCUGAACAACGCUACCCGCUUCCUACAGCACAUCAUCGGGUAUUGCCAGCACAUGGAGAAAAUAACAGCCAAGCAGCUGGAAGACACAGGUCUGACCCCUUCCCAACCCAUCUCCCAAAUACUACAACCUCAGCAGCCAAGGAAGCCCACAGGGCGUACACCAGCAUCCUCCUGGUAGCGAGGCAAUCAUGCUCACCUGACAGGACGUGGGCACCACAACAGCACAGGAGAUAAGCAAACCAGAGCUGAAACAACUCAGCCAACAUCUCACUAGAAGACAUAGCAGCUAGUGUCACCCCCACGAGCAUCCCUACUCACUGGCAGCAGUUACAAAAGAGCCCAAGAUGGGGUUGUAGAUGGCUUUGAAGGCACAAGCAAAGCCAUAAGUCCAAGGGAUUGGAGGCACUAAAGCCUGGCUUAUUUAGCUCUAUUCUUCCACACAGUAAAACAGGCUCUUCCUAAGACACACAGAAAGGUUAACUGUAAGAAACUUUCGCCCUUGCUCCAAAAUUGGUACAGGGUCCCUACCUGCGGAUAGAUGGGGUACAAUACCAUAAGCCCUUGCUUCCUUGCACCCCAUUAAGAGCCUGGGCUGCCCUGGUGCCCUGGAGGCCACUUGGCCCAUCCCCACACCAGAGCCCCACUCCUGGGGUGUGUAAGCCUGCAGCUCACUCAGGCAGGCAGUUGCUUGGGGAAGCUGGUUCUUGAGUGGCUUUGCUUACAUUUACGGCUCCUGGUGGAGCCAAGGAGGAGUGAUACGAAGUAUUGGCUCGGUCUGGAAAGGUCUGCAGCAGUGGACUGGACUGUAGUCCAGAAGGGAAAUCUGGUCUGCUUUUCCUUACCCAACCACAUGGCAAGUGAGGAGGAUGAAGCGAGCAUUUAGCUAGGGCUGCUCUGUAAAAUACAGCCUUUCAUUCAGCUACCCGCCACUUGCCUCUCAGGUCUCUCUCCAGCAAUGAGUCAUUGCUGCCAGCUCCUGCAAACUCAACCCAGAUGCUUGCAAAAGCCUUCAGCAAGCACCAUGCACUCAUCUGUUUUGGAGUCACCAUCUCUGCUAGCUUAGGAAAAUGCUUCUGUGGAAGCCCUCACAGACCAAAAGGCAUGAGUUCUGUUCCAGCACUUAAUCAGCAUCUUUAAGGACUUGUAAGCAAUUUUGUCAGUUGACUCAGCUGUGAUGUCUCUGGAGUCCCAACCUCUCUCUGUAAUAGGGUGUGGGGUGCUUGAAUGAUGUGGGAGAGAAAAGCUUAUACAUGAGUCCCGAGACAUCUGGACCUGACCAGACCAAACCUCCUCAGCUAUUCUGUCAUUUAAGUACAGGUUCAAAAGUGGCACUCUUCCAUCACGAGACAUGCAGCCUCAACAGAUAAUCAGUACAAUGCUGCCUGAAGCCUUCUCAGAGGUGGUGUUCACACUUGCCCGAGAUCUAUGGCAUAGCACCAAGCUUACCAUGACCAGCUGAAGAGAUCACAGCAGCCAAACAUGAGCUGAUGUGCCCAAACAUAGCAAAAAGCUUACCUCUAUCGACUUCUGCAGCUUGCAGCUAUGCACCUGGAGUGGCUCUUCAGAAUAACUGCACGUUAUGCUCACCUAAG